AACAUGAUGGGAUGUGGACAUUGAAACCCAGCAGGCAAGCAUGAUCGGACAAGAAGCAGGCAUCACCCCUCCGCCCUUUUCUUCGUUUCUAUCUUCUUUGGAAACUCUCGCUUUAUAAAGUAAUUUCUCUUAUAAUAAUAAUAAUUACAAAAGUUUCAACAUUUAUCGGAUUUUGUGAGGAUUAGGAUUCUAACACAGCGCCACAGCGGUGAAUGCCAAUCAUCAGUCGUCGGUCGCCUUAAACAAAGCUGCUUUAUCCUCCAAUAAAACCAUGAUCAUGAUUCCAUGCCGGUGAACCGCUUUCCCCCUUUCAUCUCAUCCGUCCAUCCAGGAAAAGGGAAGGGUGUGAUUGGCUGGAACCCAAGGAGUAUAAUACAAUAUAAAAGGGAGCGGUUUGGCGUCCGCCUUCACCGCCGCUGUAAUAAAAGAGCCGUUGCACAGUUACGGUGGGCACAAGUGUGGUUCUGGUGAAUCAAGGAGGGUAAUUAGGGAAAUUGAAACACCCUUCAUUUAAGCAACAUAUGGGAGUGGGUUCCACCAUGGAGUAGCUAUAAAUGCUCUACUCUUUUCUUCGCAAACCUGAUAAAAAAGAUCACUCCCAGCUUCAUCUUCCACUUUUUCUCUUUCUUUUGCUCUGUCACUCUCUGUAAUCUAGAACUACUCUGAAAAGAAUACGGACGAGGAUUUCUCCGGCGACGGUGAGGGGUUUGGUUGGGAACCACCAUGGUCGACGUCGACCGAAGGAUGACCGGUCUGAACCCGGCCCAUAUAGCUGGUUUGCGGCGGCUCUCUGCUAGGGCGGCCGCUCCAUCCACUGUCUCUACUGCGCUGCCGGUUCGGAACGGGCUUAUUUCUUUCACGACGCUGGCUGAUAAGGUCAUCGCUCACCUGCAAAACUCUGGUAUACAGGUUCAAGCCGGGCUGUCGGAUGCGGAGUUUGCCCGCGCUGAGGCGGAAUUUGGUUUCGCGUUUCCGCCGGAUCUUAAGGCGGUUCUCUCCGCUGGGUUGCCGGUGGGACCUGGGUUUCCGGACUGGCGCGCUGCUGGGGCUCGUCUUCGGCUCCGGGCGUCGCUUGAUCUGCCUAUAGCUGCGAUUUCGUUCCAAAUUGCUCGCAACUCGCUCUGGUCCAAGUCUUGGGGUCCGAGACCCUCCGACCCGGAGAAGGCUUUGCGGAUCGCGAGGAAUGCUCUGAAGAGGGCGCCACUUUUGAUACCCAUCUUCAACCAUUGCUACAUUCCCUGCAAUCCAUCUUUAGCGGGAAACCCCAUUUUCUUCGUGGAUGAGAAUCGGAUCUUCUGCUGCGGUUUGGAUCUAUCUGAUUUCUUCGAGCGCGAGUCUCUGUUUCAAAGCUCUGACCCGCAGGUUCUCAAGAAGCAAAGAUCCGUUAGCGAAAAAACAGCCGGUUCUUCUUCGAAUUUCUCUCGUAGAAGCCUAGAUACCGGUGGCCUCGCCGGCGGGAGGACGCCCAGAUGGGUGGAGUUUUGGAGCGAUGCCGCCAUUGAUCGGAGGCGCAGAAACUCAUCGUCCUCUUCGUCUUCGUCCCCGGAGCGCUUCUUCGACAUGCCAAGGUCCGAAAUCCCGAAAUGGGUCGAUGAGUACAUCGAACAAAUUGGGUCAGUCCUGAGAGAAGGCGGGUGGGACGAAUCCGAUAUUGCAGAAAUAGUAACCGUUUCGGCCUCCGGAUUCUUCGAAGGGGAGAUGGUUCUGUUGGAUAACCAAGCCGUUCUCGACGCACUGCUUCUGAAAGCGGAUCGGUUUUCAGACUCGCUCCGGAAAGCCGGGUGGAGCUCCGAAGAAGUAUCGGAUGCAUUAGGGUUCGAUUAUCGACCGGAGAAAGAACGGAAACCGGCUAAGAAGUUAGCCCCAGAGCUCGUCGAGAGAAUCGGAAAACUGGCUGAGUCGGUCUCCAGGUCAUGAAACUGGAAUCUGCGAUUUUUUUUUUUUUUUCUCUUCCUGAAUUUCAAAGCCUCGGGUUUGCUUUUCCCUCUUUUGGGUAUAAACGAAAAAACAAAAGAAAAAGGAAAAAAAAAAUCGGGAAACGCGCGGUGUACUAUGAAAGGAACGCGUAUAAAAAGAUCAAAGAGUUGGAGAAUAUAUUACUAUUGUUAUAUUAUAAAUAUUUUACUUAAUUAAUAAAUAGUUAAAUAUUGGUCUCAAA